AUGCCUAUGCGCAGGAGUGCACCGCCAUACUAUGAAAAUCAUGGCUUUCAGCCAGAAAACGUCUAUUCUGCCAGGCAGCCAGUAGGUGCUAACCCAUAUCCACAGUACUUCUCGACAAAUGCUCCGUCAGUGCCAAGCUACGUCCCAAGAGUUUCUACCCACCAGUCAAGUAGGCCAGUAGCCCUUCCAUCCGAGAGAACCUGUGGAUCAAGUGUAAAGAAAAUAAUAAUUAUUAUAUUGUCUAUCUUACUCGUCAUUUGUUGUGCAAUUGCUGCUUUCUUCAUAUGGUAUUUUGUAGAGACUCGUUGUCUUGGCUCCUUAAUGGAGUGUGGAUCUUCAGGAGUGUGCAUGCCGCCCUCGAUGUGGUGUGAUGGAGUGAGCCAGUGCCCCAAUGGGGAGGAUGAAGCCCGAUGUGUUAGGCUUUUUGGACCAGACUUUAUCCUGGAAGUUUAUUCACCUGUCAGCAAAUCCUGGUAUCCUGUUUGUCAAGAUGACUGGAAUGACGAUUAUGGGAGGACUGCAUGUGAAGACAUGGGCUACAGUGUAGAUACGUAUUUCUAUAGUCGAGGAGUAGCACCUGAAGUCAGCUUUAAAAGCUACAUGAAGCUGAACACAAGUGCUGGAAAUAUAGACUUGUACAAAAAGCUGUAUAGCAGUGAUACCUGUACAUCAGGAAAUGUGGUUUCUCUGCGCUGCAUAGAGUGUGGCCUGACCACGAAAAACGUGAACAUUAUGAACAGAAUCGUGGGUGGCAGCGGAGCGGUGCUGGGGCAGUGGCCGUGGCAGGUCAGCCUCCACGUGGAGGACACCCACCUCUGUGGGGGGUCCAUCAUCACUCGCCAGUGGAUAGUGACGGCGGCACACUGCGUGGAAGGACGAUAUUCUGACCCAUACAGCUGGAGGGCUUAUGCUGGGAUUCUGUAUCAGGAUCAGAUGCUCUUCAGAAAUGGAUACAAAGUGCAACAGAUAAUUUCGCAUCCUGAUUAUGAUGCAGAUUCUAAAGACAAUGAUGUUGCCCUUAUGAAGUUAGAGACACCGCUGAGUUUUACUGAUACCAUACGGCCAGUUUGUUUGCCUAAUCCAGGAAUGAUGUUCGAGCCUAAUCAGCAGUGCUGGAUAUCUGGGUGGGGAGCAGAGUCCCAAGGAGGUAAAACAUCAAAUAACUUGAAUUAUGUUAUGGUGCCCUUAAUAGAACGUUCGAGGUGUAAUUCUAUCUUUAUCUAUAAUGGCAUGAUUUUGCCUACAAUGAUCUGUGCUGGAUAUCUAUCAGGAGGAAUUGAUUCCUGUCAGGGUGACAGCGGAGGUCCGCUAGUAACUAACAAAAACUCGGUGUGGUGGCUGGUUGGAGAUACCAGCUGGGGAACUGGUUGUGCUAGUCCUAACAGACCUGGAGUGUAUGGGAAUAUGACUGUGUUUGCAGAUUGGAUUUAUAAAAAUAUGCAGGGUGAGAUUUGCCAUCACUCGACGUCGGCUGCGGAGAGGGGAUGUUCCAGAGCUGUAGGAGGAAGAGCUGACUUCAGUGUCCUGAUGACGAGGUCCCUGGCUGUGCACGUCAUCGGGAUUGACUCUUGA